CUGCUUUCAUCUUAAACCCUAACAGACUCUCGCGCAGACGGGGAUGGGGGAAUUUGACUCGCGUUUUUUACACACUGGACCCAAAAACAGGAGACCAUUCACUCAACCCUAACGCACUACUCCCACGAUACAGAGGGUGCUGAGCGAAAAAAACCCACAACAAUUUUCUUCCUCUCGAACCCACAACAAUUUUCUUCCUCUCGAACCCACACACAGAAAAUUUCACUACCAAUCUUCAUCCUCACUCUUAUAACCAGCACGCACAACGGCCGUCAUCUUCCAACACUGGAACGAACACACACAUCGAUACACACUACGAAGGAGAGGAGACGCUACCAACGAGAGUGCUUGCGUUCUCGUUGAAACGGGGCAGAGUCGCACUCGCCGCCAGUUCGUGAUCAUAGUUGGAAAACCUUCAGCGCCGCUUUUUGUCAUCACGAUAGCCAUUGGAGUCGUCGUCGCGGCGCAUCCCUGGAAUCGUCUCCAACUUGCGUCCUAAUCUCCCGUAGUUGGCGCCGCUGAGUUCCAACUAAUCGAAUAUGACUCGCGGUAUAAAACAUAGGAAGAAAGCCAAGAGCAAAAACAAGGGCUCUAAGAAAGAGGGUGGGUCUUCUUCAUCUUUGGCACCACAAAUUCCUGUGAAGGUGUGGCAACCUGGGGUGGAUAAGUUAGAGGAAGAUGAAGAGCUUCAGUGUGACCCUUCUGCUUACAAUUCUCUUCAUGCUUUUCACAUUGGAUGGCCCUGUUUGAGCUUUGAUAUUCUACAUGACUCUCUGGGCUUGGUUCGAACAGAAUUUCCACAUACAGUAUAUUUCAUGGCAGGGACUCAGGCAGAGAAACCUUCUUGGAAUUCUAUUGGAAUUUUUAAAGUAUCACAUAUUUCUGGAAAGAGACGGGAACCAGUACCUAAAGUUGAAACUGAUGACUCUGGAAUGGAUGGUGAGGAUAGUGAUGAUGAUGAUGAUAGUGAGGAAGAAGAUAAAGAUGUUGCUCAGGGUCCCAGUUUGCAGCUAAGGAAGGUUGGACACCAAGGAUGUAUCAACCGUAUACGCUCAAUGCCACAAAAUCCCCAUAUAUGUGCAGCUUGGGCUGAUACCGGUCAUGUACAGGUCUGGGACCUAAGCUCUCAUCUCAACGCUCUAGCUGAGACCGAAACAGAAGGUGUUCAAGGAGUUGCAGCAGUUUUUAAUCAGGACCCAUUGCAUAAAUUUAAACACAAAGAUGAAGGUUAUGCUAUAGACUGGAGUCUUCUUGUUCCUGGAAGGCUUGUAUCUGGGGAUUGUGAUAAUAGCAUUUAUCUGUGGGAGCCUACAUCUGCUGGAACAUGGAAUGUUGAUAAUGCUCCAUUUACUGGACAUUCUGCUAGUGUUGAAGAUCUGCAAUGGAGCCCUACAGAACCUCACGUUUUUGCUUCUUGUUCUGUGGAUGGAAAUAUUGCUAUAUGGGAUAUCCGUUUGGGGAAGUCACCCGCUGCAUCUUUUAAGGCACAUAAUGCUGAUGUGAAUGUCAUAUCAUGGAACAGGUUGGCUAGUUGUAUGUUGGCCUCGGGAAGUGAUGAUGGGACUAUUUCUAUUCGUGAUCUCAGACUGCUCAAGGAAGGAGAUUCUUUGGUAGCACAUUUUGAAUACCACAAGCACCCAAUCACAUCCAUUGAAUGGAGUCCACAUGAAGCCUCUUCAUUGGCUGUUUCAUCUGCUGAUAAUCAGCUUACAAUAUGGGACCUUUCAUUAGAAAAGGAUGAAGAAGAGGAGGCUGAAUUUAAAGCUAAAACCAGAGAACAAGUUAAUGCUCCUGAAGAUCUGCCUCCCCAACUAUUGUUUAUUCACCAGGGACAGAAAGACCUGAAGGAAUUACAUUGGCACGCGCAGAUUCCUGGAAUGAUUGUUUCUACAGCAGCAGAUGGAUUCAACAUACUUAUGCCUUCAAAUAUUCAGAGUACACUGCCAUCAGAUGGUGCUUUAUAAGACACUCGCCAAGUUUUCAAGACAACCGGUUACAAGUUGGAUAACCUGUUUUUGGUGCAAUCACCACGACUCUACUUGGAAUAUUGGAGAAAGUUUCUUUGUACUCUUUUUUUUUUUGCUUUUGGUUCUUAUUGUUUCUUCUUUGCCCAUGCUUUAAGUUUUGUGGAUUAUCUGCGUUAGCUUGGUAUGCUUCACUUGAUUUUGAUGCAAUUUUCGUGUAUGUUGUCUAAAUUGUUGCUGAUAGUAAGGUUAGAAUGGAAACAAACAGGCUAAUUUAGCCGAAUGUUUGUUUAUUAUACCCGUCUUAAUUUCAUCAUUAUAUUGAUAAGGAAUUUUGAUAACUAGGA